ACAAGAUGGCUGAUCGUCUCGGGGUCUGAUUUUGAUGAGCGCAUUUCACUUGACAUUCCGACAGAGCUAACUGUAUUAACUGUAUAAUUCAAUAAGGUAUUGAUGAUUUGCAUUCGAUAUUGACGUGUCGAGAGAAAUUGCACUUUGAAAUAUCCUAAGUGACCACAGAGCACUGAAGACAAACAUUUCAUUAGUCAUAACAGUAGGGCUUAUGCAUGACAUGAAAUGUAAACUACAUGAAUUCUUUCGCUUCAUAACCAAUGGUCUGUUCCAAAAUAUGGCAAAUCCCGAUUCACCGAACGCAUGCAUCUGCGAAGAUCCCCAGAACGUAGAGCCCUCGGAAGCCUGUUCCAGUUCCUCUCAGUCGCCUCAAGCACCUGCUCCUUCGAAAGAGAAAAAGAGCAGGUUGAGCUUGUUCAGCUUAUGCCGCGAUAAGCCUUUGUCGUUUUCGACGAAACGCACCAAAAAGGCUGUCCAGUCACAACCUUGUUCCUCGUCUAAUGGCGAGCAGAUGAAAAAGUCUCCAAAAUGGGCAAUUAGGCUCAGCUGCAGAAAGGAGCCGAAACAGUCCUACCCACAGGAAAACCAAAGUUGUUGCCGAUGUACCUGUUAUAAACGCACCGCAGAAAGCAGUUCGUCUCAAUUAAUGACAGAUGGAGCUUCUCAAGAAGACGGGGCGGCCGCGUCUCCUCUGAGCAAAGUCGGCUCCGAAUCGAAUUUGGCCGAGGGAAGUGGUGAGGAUUCGAGAGAAAGCAGGAGGGAAGAUUCGGCUAGGGUCGUAAGCGAAGUGAAUGGUGUCAGAGGUAUUUAUGGUACGGCGCCUGCUACCAGUUCUAUCCCGAACAUCAUCGUUAGCGCCCCCUUUCUCGAUAUGCAGUGGAUGCGGCCCCCUCACGAAGACUGCGAGGAGGCGGCUAGGCUAGCCCGCGCCCGAGAGAUUGAGCAGGGCGUAGAAGCGCCCGCCAACUUUCGAUCGAUUCGUAGAGUCCAGCUGCUGUGCUCCUCGUCGGACGAAGCCGAUUCUCAAGCGCCACGGCGACUACAGCUCGUCUGCCCUCCCGACCUCAGCGUCGAGUCUCUGCGAGCCCUCUUUCAGAAUCACGUGACGCUCAAGUCGUGCCCUUUGGAUACCGUCGCCGGAUGUCACACUCAGGUCGACUUCAUUCACUGUUUGGUUCCCGAUCUGUUGACUAUCACGAAUUGUAGUUUUUACUGGGGUAAAAUGGAUCGCUACGAAGCAGAGAGGCUGCUGGACGGAAAACCCGAGGGAACGUUCCUUUUGCGUGAUUCCGCCCAAGAGGAAUUUCUGUUCAGCGUCUCGUUCCGAAAAUAUGGCAGAUCGUUGCAUGCCAGGAUAGAACAGUGGAACCACAAAUUCAGCUUCGAUUCGCACGACCCGGGUGUUUACACUUCCGACACGGUCUACGGUCUCAUCGAACAUUACAAGGAUCCGAGCAGCUGCAUGUUUUUUGAACCUUUACUGACGUGGCCAUUGCAUAGAAAAUUCACCUUUUCGCUUCAGCACUUGGCACGUGCCUCCAUCGUCAGCAGACUGACGUAUGACAAUAUAAAUCACUUGCAGCUGCCGAAAACGUUGAAGACCUACCUCAAAGAAUACCACUAUAGGCAAAAGGUGAGGGUGGAGCGCUUCGACGAUGAUGUCCAGUGGUUGGAACUCAGAAAUAUGUCUACUUGAUUUAUCAGUUAUCGUCGGAGGACGUUCGAUUUGGUUUAUUUGAGUUAGCUUGGAUGGGUUUUGUUACCGAUUAGAGUUCUACACUGUGGUUAUUGAUUUGUUUUUCGAAAGUAGACUAUUCAAGUGAGACCCUCUUCGUGACCAACACAUCGGUUCAAUAGUUCAAGCUCACAUCUGGCGCUAGUUUUGUCAUCAUCCCAAAAUUAUGCCGCGUGUGGAGUUGAAUGUUUGUUGAAAGAAACUUCGUGUUGGAAAUCUGUCAUUGAAUUUCGCUCAAGAAUCAUAAACAUGUCAAAUCCUCGGGGAUUUGUUGAGGUCUGAGGGUGUCAUCUCUUUUUUCAGUUAAGUUUGUUGCGAUUUUUUCGGCAAGAUACUUGCGGAGCUGUGUAAGCAUUUGUUAUGAUUUUUCUAGGAAUUAUCAGGAAUUGUUUACAUUUGUUUUCUUUCAUUACAUAUCACAAUGUACGUUUUGGUACAUUUCAUUGGCAUUAGUGAGCUACAGUACUCAUACUUAAAGGUUAUGGACUUUAUUUUUAGUUUGUUCAAGAUGGCAGUAUAAUUUCUCUGUAUACGUCACAGUUGCUAAGAUUUUCUGUUAGCUUUAAACGGCAAAUCAGGGUCUCGGAAAUAUCUUGAACAUUUUUCCCAUUGAUUUGUGAAGAGUGGUUUUUCAUUGAUUCAGUUUAAAAAAUUCUUAGGGCCCUAGUGCAUUUUUUAUUCGGAUAUUUCAAUCAAUCAGAGUGUUAGUUACUAUUUUAACAAUUCACUUUUCAGUUUUCUCAAGGUUAAUAAUACAACUGUAACAAAUUCAAUAUUGAGAAUCAAAAGAAAUGAUGAAUCGAUAGUUUUUGCAACACAAUAUGAAUUACGAAAUAUGAUACAAUUCUGUAUUAUCAUACUAUCGCCUGUUUUACAGUCAGAUCCCGUAUUAAUGAACAACAGUUCAAAUUAUCAAUUAUUCAAACAUAAUUGAAAGUUCAAACUUCUGAAUAUCUAUGUAUUUUUCAACUGCUGAAUAUCUAUGUACUGCCUGUUGUAGUUCAAACACUUGAUUAUAAUUGACAGUUGAAUGUGUCGAUUACCCAUUUUUAACAAUAUGAACUGUUAAUUAUUCAGCCAUAAUUGAAGCUUGAUCUGUCGAUUAUAUGAAACAGUUUGAAAGUUUUCUAUAAUUAUAAGUUCCCAGUAUUAACACUAAAUAAUCGACAGUUUAUGUGUUGAUUAAAACUGUCGAUUGUGGCUGUUACUGUCAGUUUUGGUCGAAUAAUCGACCAUAUAAACUUGAUUGUGGUUUAUGAUGCACUGUUUGGAACCUUUGGUGUAGAAAUGAGUUAUUUUUAA